AUGCAUUUCUAUUCACUAUUAAUUGGUGCUUUCGUAGCUCUCUCGUGCAUUAGCACAGUUUCUGCAGGUAUUUACGGUGUAGAUUGCCAAUGCGUCUGUUGUGUGCCAAAGGCAAAAACAAAUGAUUGCUCACCAAUGGACAUGGGCACAAUUCAUAUUGAUACAGCUACUUGUGACAUACCACAAUGCAUUAAAAGUUGUGGUAAUUUGUAUCCUUUCUGUGAAAAUAGCAGAGGAACAGUACAAGCCACAUGCACAGAUACAACUGAAGGAUCAUCAACUUCGACAGCUAGUCCAAGUUCAACAGCGUCGGCAACUACUAGCACCGCAACUCCAUCAACAACGGCAUCGACACCGUUCCCAACCACGACAUCCACAGCAGCACCCUCAACAUCUACAGCAGCACCCUCAACAUCCACAGCAGCACCCUCAACAUCCACAGCAGCGCCCUCAACAUCCACAGCAGCACCAUCAACAUCUACAGCAGCGUCCUCAACAUCCACAGCAGCACCCUCAACAUCCACAGCAGCACCCUCAACAUCUACAGCAGCGUCCUCAACAUCCACAGCAGCACCCUCAACAUCUACAGCAGCACCAUCAACAUCUACAGCAGCGUCCUCAACAUCUACAGCAGCGUCCUCAACAUCCACAGCAGCACCCUCAACAUCCACAGCAGCACCAUCAACAUCUACAGCAGCACCAUCAACAUCAACAUCCUCAACUGUUGCUCCAAGCUCAAGUGGAAAACCAUCAAGCGGCACUACAAUGAAAUCUAUGUUCCAAUUUUCACAUUUUAUUCUUUUCACUGUUGUACUUAUGUUUUUAUGUGCGUAA